AUGGUUCUAACUGUAGAGAUAGAGAAAAAACGUCCAGAUGCUGUUGAAGCUGGAAAAUUUUAUCGAGAUAGUUCCGGACUUAAUGUGCGCAAAGGUCCAGUUUGUACAAAAUACGAAUAUUACCAACAGUUCUACCACUCUAUUACCUAUAUUAAAAAAGUCACAUACGACAAUAAAGAUCUCAAUUUUCAUGAUGAUAAAGGAAAAGCUAAAUCGCUUGAAAGUGGUGUAACCGAUGUGGUCACGUAUUACAACAAAACUUACGAUAACUAUCCAGAGAAUGUCAUGAGACCUCUCCUCUUGAGGGUUAAGGAUGCUUGGGAACAUGGUUAUGUAUGGUAUGAAAACAUGGGUAAGAACGGAGAUAACCUGUCAUGGAGGCAAAUUCCUAAAAAGAUGACACAUCAUUUUCCCACAGAUGAUCCUGGUAAUUGUACUAAGGAUUUGGAAAAGAAGUUGAAUGACCUCACUUGUCAACUCUAUAAUCUCCAUCGUGUUGAUAUUAAGUGUGAUGAAGGUACUCACUAUUGUCCACUUUGCCACGGUGAAGAUACCAAAGUCACAGUUUCUAGGACAAGCUUUGCUAAUGGAUAUACAGAGUACAAACACAAGUAUAAAUCUAACAUUAAAACUGCUACAUAUGAUGAUGAGAUCCUUGUUUACAAAAACUCCACCAGUGAGGAGUAUAAACCAUUCGAUCUUCGUAUAUUCGCUCCUAAUCUUACAGUUUACUACUGGAAUGAGGACAAAGAUCGUAAAAGGCCAUUGAUGAUGCAAAUGCCUAAUAAAGGUAACACUAAAGCUAAAGAUACAGCAGCUCAUUUUGUAAACGAGUAUAUCCAGGGAGACAACACUAGAUGGAGGUUUUUUACCCUUAUAGAAAGUCUAAAACCACUCAAAGACGAGCCCCUAGAAAAGGAACUGGAAAAACUUAAAUGUCAACUCAUCCGUCCGGUAGUAAUAGAUCUUUCCUCGCAAGAAGGAUAUGUAAACAAGGGAAGUGUGGACCCCAAAGGGAAAAUAGAGGUCAAAAACUACCCAAUCAAUCUAUCAUCUAAAUACACAGCCAAAGUACACACCUAUGGAGAAGGUACUUUCACCGUAACAGGCCUUAAUAUUGGAGAUGAAGAACAAAAACUUUAUGGAUUAACAAAGGGUGAGGUUGUUACAUCCGUAUGGGAUGUUAAAAGUGUUAUUGUAUUUUUUGCUGAAUCUUGCAGUGGUUCAAAUGACCCAAUUCUGGUAUACUUUGAUGUUUUAAAGGGAGGAAUGUGGUAUGAAAAUACAGGACAUAAUAAUGAAUGGCGAGAAGAAACUACUCUGAAGAGAAGCGCUCCAGGUGACUCCGAUAAAGAGGAGAUUGAAGAAGCUCUUUGUGGAAUAGGAGGGAAUUUAGAGGUAGAUACAGAACCGGUUUCUGAUGCCAGCCAACCUUCUGAAACCACCACUGAGGUUAAAACAGUUCCUCUUCCUACCUUUGUUACUCCUAGCGCUCCUGAAAAAUCUACUGAAGAACCUGAGCCUACUGGGACAAUUCCAUCUGUAAAGGAUACAGGAAAUAAGACGGAAAUUGUUCAUGAUGCCAUGGUUACCGGAGCUGGUGUUAGUCUCAGUCUAUGGAGGGAUCAAACUAUAAUCUUGGUCAUGUGCACAGCGCUGAUGAUUUUUAUGUAUAGUAGGCUAACUGAGCAUUUUAGAUACUUCUAUAGGAGACUCACAUCUAGAUACGUUCUUCUUUGA